AUGUCUGGCGCCGAAGCGCUUACAAUUUUUGGGCUUGUGUGCAACGUCAUGCAGGUGAUUGGUUUUGUGCAAGAUGGAGCCCAUAUGGCCAAAGCUAUCUACAAUUACGGAUCUCUGGACCCUCACCUCGCACAGACAAGCAAUUACAUAAAAGGAGGCUUGGAGAGAUUGAGGGAGUCGUUGGAGAAGGGAAGACCUCUCGUUCAAGACGAGGAGGAGCUGCUAGACAUCGUGAACGGCAGUCUAGAGACCGCAGAGGAGCUAAAGGCCGAGCUAGACAACAUCGCAGGCACAGCAGCCAAGGGAAAGCAUUCCGCCGCCUUACGUGGAUGGUACAAAGCCACCGUGGGUAGGAAAAGGAGGAAGAUCGAGAGAAUAGAGAAGGUGAUGCAUGAUCGUCAACAGGUCCUAGAGAGUCGCCUCAUAGCUCGCAUCUGCAGCCAGAGCGAUGCAAUCCUUCUCGAACGACAAGUAAAUUUUAACAGUCUCGACCAGGCUUUACAAGGCCUCAUUAAAUGCUGUGCCUGCGAACAGAAGACUCGGGACCAGCUCAUUCAGAGAGGGUUUCUAAAUAUGGCGACACAUAUCGAUAGUAAGCUAGGAGCUCUCGAGCAGUCGGUUGAAACCCACCUUUCCAUCGGUAGAAGCCAGCUCCAGGACAACAUAUUGUCUCGUUUACAAGAGCUUACACAUGAAAAAGAGCAUGAGAGGCUGUUGGGAAGCUUGCAUUACGAAAAAAUGAAUGCUCGGCGGAACCAUAUUUCAGUUAAUCAUGACGAUACCUUUUCCUGGAUCUUCCCUCCACAACAUAGCAAUAGCAAUGCUAAUAUGCAGGAUAGAUUUGUGGAAUGGCUGAAAGACCCUAACCAACGUAUAUUCUGGAUCAAUGGCAAAGCAGGCUCGGGGAAAAGCGUCCUAAUGAAGUUUUUGGUCGACAAUCCGCGCACCCAGUUCAUCCUUGAUGGUGAUGCAAACAGGACCACCAUCAUCUUGUCCCACUUCCUCUGGACGGCAGGGCAGCCACUUGAACGAAAUAUGCAAGGGCUCCUUUGCUCUUUGAUUCACCAGCUCUUAGACACAAAGACAGAGCUCUGCCGGGUCGUCUUGGAGAAUCAUGUUUGCAUCUUCCUGGACGGUGUUGAUGAAAUGGACGACCACAUGGCUCUGUUCAGCCUUCUGGAACAAUUGCUUUCUCUACCGCGGCUGCAGGUCUGCGUCUCGAGCCGACCAGAGCCUGCGUUGCAACGACACUUGCAAAGCUAUCCCCAGUUUCGGGUGCAAGAUUUGACCCGACCUGACAUCGAAAAGUACGCCCGCGAUACUCUGCAAAGGUUAUAUGUCGACGACGCAGAGACCAUUAGUCGCCUGGUGUCCACCAUCUGCUCCAAGGCGGACGGGGUAUUCCUAUGGGUCGCUUUGGCCCUGCGGAGCAUUCAAACAGGGCAUGAAAACCGUGACAGCCCGGCCGAGCUGGAAAAUCAGCGUCUGACUUCGCUUCCCAACGAUAUCAACGCGCUCUACCAAGAGAUGUGGCGGCGGCUCAACGACAGCGAGACUGUAUAUCUGGAAACAGCCGCUCGGUAUUUCAACCUUAUGUUGGAAUGUUUAGGCGACCUUAAUCUCACCCGAGCAGCGAGUCCGUUAUUACUGGCUCUAGCACUGCAACCGCGGCUGGCAGCCGCGGUCGUGACCGGGGAUAUCGAAUCCUGGGAGGAGGCACUAGACAGGGAAUGCGAGAUAAUCUCGGAGUGGUUGCCGAUCCGGUGUGCGGGCUUACUUGAAGUGACCACAGAUGGGACUGUGACGCUCAUACAUCGGUCUGCCCAGGAAUUUCUCAUGAACACGCCAGAGGGUCAACGCAUACGCCGCGCAGACCCAUCACCACGCGAAGCCCGCCGUCUGAAUCUCAUGCGGGGAUUACUUGGCUGCUGCAGGCUGGAGAUAGAGGCCAAGGCGAAGGCACUCCCUCCCCGUAUCCUCAACCUCUGCCAACCCCUCUGUCGCAAGUUCACAGAUGCGGGUAUAUUCUUUGAUUCGUGCGCCCAAAUUUUAUCUCCAGAAAGUGCCCACGAACUGUUCAGCCUAGCACAAGCGCUCUAUUCAACGGGGGAAUGGGCCUUUGAUAAUUCCUACUACCUGCACCCGGAUUUCAUCGGCGCCGUCGCGCGCGCGGGUUUCUUUACCCAGGCACGAGCCGGAUUUGCCCAGCUCGCUGGCGAUGCUCCCCUCGGCAAGAGGAUUUCGAGGCCUUAUCAGACAUAUAUCCUGGAAUCUGUUUUCGACGCAGUAAAGUGGGGUCAAGUCACGUCCGCCCAGGAUCUGGCUUUCCUUCGCGCACUUGGCAACACGUCCUCUAUCCGAUACGCCGGACAUAGUACUAUCAACUAUCGUCAAUCACUUGUUGAAUCGGAGGGAGACCUAGUCCCUCCAUUCUAUCUCACCGGCGAUCCGUUGGAGAUUCUCCUGGAAGCGUCGCUUGAUGACGACUUGCCGGGAAGAUACAACUCUCUGGAACUUAUGAUCAGUCUUCUCGAAGGGGGCUAUAAUCCCUCCAACCGGAGACUCAUCUUACUCGAUGCCUCCGCCCCCAAGUUGUCAGACAUAUUCAGAUAUCGAGACUUCAGCUAUCCAGAAUUCUUGCGAGGAGGGACGCUGCUCAUUGUAGUGAAUACCUCCUUUCUUUUAACCCUGUUUGUACGGCUGCUAGCUAGCCGGCAGUCACUCUUCCCGUAUGUCGAUUUCCCCGCGUUAUCUGAAAGACUGAUGACCGUGGUGGAAGGCUUGAAUACAUCGGCGUUUUCACAACUGCUUGCCUUUGUUCCACAGUAUACCAGAGCUGGUGAUAUACACCCUGAGAACAAACCUGCCCAGGAGGAUUCCCAGGAUGCUCAUGUCGGAUACGGAGACCCCGAGGAUGAGCAGUCCGACAAGGAAGAUCUUGAGAUCGAGGAGAAUUCCGACAGUGAGUACUACGAGAGGAACGAGAGGAACGAGUCGGAGCGGAGAGCUUGGGCCAGUUCCACAGUAGCACUCGUCCCUCGUACCGUCGACGAUGGCAAUGCUGUUCUUACCGCCCUUUCCGGCGAAAUCUUCUCCUCCAUUGCACUUGGAAUGGACGGCCUCCUGCUUGGGCAGCUGGAGAUCCCCGACCUUGAGUCCAGGCUUCGGCAGAUCUUGCCAAAUGCCAGACGUUAUACGGUGCAGGAGCUCGAAGAAGCCUUGGCCAUGAAUGGGUUUCUGGUGCCAUGGAACCUCGGGCCGGACUUCUGGCCGCCCAAGGAGGUUUAUUCUGAACAGGAUUUAUUCACGUGA